GCAUGGGUGGAACAAAUGGUAGUCUCUGAAAAAACGCGAAUCCCGACAAACAUGGACUUCUAUUAUUAUAACGCUGUGGCUGCUUGCCGGUCAGUUAUAAUGGUGGCCGAGACUCUGGGCGUUAAGCUAAAUAAGAAGGAAGUGAACACCCUCAAGGGUGAGCAGAUGAAUCCGGAUUUCAUAAAGAUUAAUCCCCAACACCUCAUCCCCACCAUUGUGGACGAUGGAUUCGUCCUCUGGGAAUCGCGUGCCAUUGCCGCAUACCUGGUGGAGAAAUACGGAAAGGAUGACUCUCUCUACCCAAAGGAUCCCCAAAAACAGGCCGUGGUCAACCAGCGUCUGUACUUCGAUAUGGGCAUUUACAACGCCGUUGCAAAAUACUACUUUGUGGCUUUCUCAACGGGUAAAUAUGGUUCUGAGGAGGAUUACAAGGGCUUGGAAAAUGUCGUUGGGUUCCUGAACACCUUCCUGGAGGGCCACGACUAUGUGGCUGGUGACCAACUAACCAUUGCAGACAUGGCUAUUCUGGCCAGCGUCUCCAAUUUGGUCAGUCUGAAGUUUGAUCUCACCAAGUUCCCCAAUGUGGAUAAAUGGUUUAACCACGUCAAGUCGGUUGUUCCCGGAUUUGAAGAGAACUGGGAAGGAGCUCAGUUGGUGGCCAAAAAUGUCGCUUCUAGACUUCAAUAA